AAAGCAAUGAUCAUUUAUACUAAGAUGCGUUUAAGGGAGUCUGACUUUGGUUAUAAAGAGAUUUAAUGCAGGCCUCCAGUUUAACUUGGAGGACUGAGUCAGCCCUGUAAUGACAGGUUUCCCUGGACCGGCAGGGCAUCCUCACCACGUAGUCUCUGCUUUACGCCAGGUGACUGUAGGACCAGAAGCAAACAAAAGGCAAAGGUCUUCUGGAAUACAUUGAAGAGAAGACAACAUACAUUUAUAUCUUAUCAUGAAACUGUUAUCUGAAGGACAAUUCAGACUUUGUUGUGUUCAGCCUGUAUACCUUACAUCAGGCCUGUUCAUAUUUUUUAUUCUGAAGUCUACCUCCUCUCUGAAACCUGCUCGACUUCCCAUUUAUCAAAGGAAACCUUUUAUAGCUGCUUGGAAUGCUCCAACAGAUCUGUGUUUGAUAAAAUAUAAUUUAACACUGAAUCUGAGCAUGUUUCCAUUGAUUGGAAGCCCUCUGGCUAAAGCCAGGGGGCAAAAUGUCACUAUAUUCUAUGUGAACAGAUUGGGAUAUUACCCACGGUAUACAGCAGAGGGGAUCCCUAUCAAUGGGGGUCUCCCCCAGAACAUAAGCUUACAAGUCCAUCUGGAAAAAGCAGAGGAAGACAUUAAUUAUUACAUUCCUGCUAAAGAUUUCAGUGGACUUGCUGUUAUAGACUGGGAAAAUUGGCGCCCACAGUGGGCUCGAAACUGGAAUGCAAAAGAGAUCUACAAACAGAAGUCAAGAAUGCUUAUUUCUAAUAUGCAGGAGAACAUAUCGGCAACUGAUAUUGAAUAUUUGGCCAAAGCAACCUUUGAAGAAAGCGCAAAAGCUUUCAUGGAGGAAACCAUCAAAUUGGGAAUUAAGAUCCGACCCAAGGGCCUUUGGGGUUAUUAUUUAUAUCCGGAUUGCCACAAUUAUAAUUUUUAUGCCUUAAACUAUACUGGGUCAUGCCCAGAAGAGGAGGUUUUAAGGAAUAAUGAGCUUUCUUGGCUGUGGAACAAUAGUGCUGCUUUGUAUCCUGCGAUCAGUGUCAGGAAAUCCUUUAGUGACAGUGAAAAAACUCUGCUUUUCUCACGAUUCCGGAUGCAUGAAUCCAUGAGGAUAUCCACCAUGACAUCCCAUGAUUACGCUCUGCCAGUAUUUGUCUACACAAGGCUGGGGUACAGAGAUGAACCUUUACUCUUUCUGUCUAAGCAAGAUCUGAUUAGUACCAUUGGGGAAAGUGCUGCUCUGGGAGCUGCCGGCAUUGUUAUCUGGGGAGACAUGAAUUUAACUUCAUCUGAGGCCAACUGUACAAAGGUGAAGGGCUUCAUGAGUUCGGAUUUAGGGAGCUACCUGGUCAAUGUGACCAGAGCCGCAGAGCUGUGCAGCCUGCAUCUCUGUAGGAAUAAUGGAAGGUGCAUACGGAAGACGUGGAGAGCUCCCGAUUACCUCCACUUGAAUGCUGCAAGUUACCACAUAGAGGCCUCUGAGGAUGGGGAAUUCAUCGUGAAGGGAAGAGCAACCAACGCAGACCUGGCGGUGAUGGCAGAGAAAUUUUCCUGUCAUUGUUAUCAGGGAUAUGAAGGGGCUGAUUGCAGAGAAGUGAAGGAGGAAGACAGCUUCUCUGGGGUUCCUCCUGUGUGGGGCUCACUUAUAACAGUGUGUCUGCUACUUUUAGCAGGUUAUGGAAGCACUGAGUUAUGA